AAUAAACAGGGCCAAGGACCAAUAGCAAUAUGCUGCUCAACGAACACACGGCCAUUUCAACCGUACCCAUCCUUCUAGUCCCCUAUUCACAUUGGCAUGUCCCCCGCUACCACGAAUGGAUGAAAGAUGAGGAAAUCCAACAAGCAACCGCCUCCGAACCCCUCACCCUAGAGGAGGAAUACGGCAUGCAACUUAGCUGGCGACAAGACCCCGACAAACUAACAUUCAUCAUCUGCCAACCCGUCUCUACAAUCCCAGUCCCAGCCCCAGGUAUCCACAGAACAAUCAAGGCGAGAGAAGAUGACUCCGAGUCCAAAAUGCUCGGCGACAUAAACCUCUUCCUACGCGUCGACGAAGGCGACGUCGACGAAGACAUCGCCUCCUCAACAGAACGCCUCAUCAUCGGCGAAAUCGAAUUAAUGAUCGCGGAACGCCGCAACCACCGCCAGGGCUACGGCCGCGCAGCACUCCUCUGCUUCAUGCGGUAUAUCAUCGAGCAUGAGGCUGAGAUCUUGGGUGAAUUUGUGCCGUCGACGUUUGCGUUCGGCACGGUGGGUGAGAAGUCGAAGGUUUUGCUUACGGGGGAUGGGAGGGGGGAUUGGAAGUUUUCGUGUCUGAGUGUGAAGAUUGGGGAGGGGAAUACGGGGAGUUUGGCGCUUUUUGAGAGUGUGGGGUUUAGGAGGGUGGCUGGGGAGGCGGAUUAUUUUGGGGAGGUGGAGUUAAGGAGGGAGAGAGGGGAUUUGGGGGGGAAGAGGGUUAAGGAGGGGACUGAGGGGGGGGUUGGGGGAUGA